GUCAGGUUACUAUUUUACCACUGCGUGUAUUUAAUAUCCCACAUCUAAAGGUCAUCUAUGGACGGCUAAUCGAUUGGUUACGGAGAGUUACUCACCUGAUGGUUAUUGAUCGAAUGUGGACCCCUUCCCUCCUCUCCCUCUCUCUCAAGUCUCACCUUCAUCCGGUAUCUAUUUUAAUUCCCAUAUCCGAACCAGCGCUAUAUAACUAAUACCUUUCCACUCUAGAUCUUGUCGUCCCAGAAAUCAGUCAUUGGCCAAUCCGAAUUGCGAGCACACAACCCAAGACGACAAUGGCAUCAUCGUCGGACGACAAGGCUGCUGCUAUUUCUUCCACGGCUGUGCGUCCUCCUCCAGCACUUCCCUGGAAGGUGAAGCUCUUCGUCAAGCUCAUGUCCUUCGCGGUGGACCUCAGCUGUCGACCUGACGGCACCGUCAACCGCCGGGUCAUGUCCUUGUUCGACAUCAAAUCCCGUCCACGCCGCUCCAAAGGCGUCUCCUCCACCGACGUCACCGUCGAUCCCAGCCGCAACCUCUGGUUCCGUCUCUACACCCCAACUUUUUCCACCGCCAACCCCUUGCCGCUCAUCUUCUUCUUCCACGGCGGCGGCUUCGCAUUCUUGGCUCCCGACUCCAAGCCUUACGACGACUCCUGCCGCCGCCUCGCCGCCGAAAUCCCUGCCGUUGUCAUCUCCGUCAACUACCGCCUCGCCCCGGAGCAUCGCUGUCCGUGCCAGUACGAGGACGGCCUCGACGUCCUUAAGUUCAUCGACGGCGGCAAGUGCAAUGAAGUCGCCAGGCUGUGCCAGGUUGCUGGCACAGUGGAGCUGAAAAGGAGCUUCGUGGCGGGAGACAGCGCGGGAGGCAACCUUGCCCACCACGUGGCGAUGAGAGGUGGGUCCCACAAGUUCUCUUCCUUGGAUCUGAUAGGCAACAUAUCCAUCCAGCCCUUCUUCGGCGGGGAGGAGCGGACGGCGUCGGAGCUGGAGCUAGCCGACGCGCCCUUCUCCACGUGGAAGCGCACGGACAUUAUGUGGAAGCUGUUUAUGCCGGUGGGGUCGGACAGGGACCACCCGGCGGUGAACGUGUUCGGGCCGAACGGCGAGGAUGUGAGCACGGUGAAGUUCCCGGCGACGGUGGUGUUCGUGGGCGGGUACGACCCGCUGAAGGACUGGCAGAGGAGGUACUGUGAAGGGCUGAAGAGAGCAGGGAAGGAGGCGAGGGUGGUGGAGUACGAGAAUGCGAUUCAUACCUUCUACGCCUACCCGGAGGUGCCGGAGUCGGACCGCUUUGUGGAGGAGGUCCGGAAUUUCAUCCGCGACCCAAUCGGGUUCUGUUCAGCCGACCAACAGUAGUGGUCAUUAGUUAUGAGACUUAAUUAUCACUUAUGGCCUAUGGGUAGAGAAUUGGGCAGCCUAGCUCUCUCGAUCGUGGCGAGGCGUGCGUGCUGAUGUAGUUUUUAAUCACAUAAAAUUAAUAACAAGUUUAAUGAAUUACAAUCUGAAUUGGUGCGGGGCUCUUUUAAUUAUGCAUUAGGCGCACAUGAUCCGGCAAUUCCAUGUGUUGCCUUAAAUUGCUCUGAAUAAUGAAGAUAGAUAGCUAGCAAGGGCAUGAGAUGAGGUGUUGUGGAGCCGAUGGGUAUACUAAAUAGAUGUGGUCUCUAAACUCCACAAUCCACAUGCAUAUUCAAUUGCUCUAUUUAUGAAUUUGGCAAUUUGCCAACCCUUUAUAUAGGCGGGCCUUUUUAUAAUGAAUGUCACAUGAGUUUUUUUAUAAUGAAUGUCACAUGAAGUUUGGAUA